CAACAAAUCAUCUUCCUCAUGUGCAUUUGCGCAGAAGGGUUAGUCUCGUUCUUUUGUUCUACAGGGGGUGGAAUCCUCUUCUUUCCCACUCCGUUGGUCCGUCGGUGGUGCUCUCUUCUUACUUUCUUUCUGGUCGGAGGACGGGGGUUAAGUUGGUGGCGUCCUAAGUGUUGGUGGAUGAAUGGGUAGAUGAGCCGGUUAGAUCCGAAGUGGUUGAGUUCACUGUAGUUAGUAUCAUCGCU